AUGCUCGACAACAAGUACGAAGCCUACGAGCUUCAAACGCCUAUCAGCGAGAAAGGUUAUGAAAUGCAACCAGGACAAGGGAUCAAGUCUGGAACUGCUCGAGAUGCUGCCGAUAUGAUGCGUCUGGGAAAGAAGCAGGAGUUUAGGAGGAACUUCCAUGCUUUCUCCAUGCUCGGGCUAUCUAGUGUUCUGUAUGCUCUCGUCCGUUUGCACCAGAUCUCGACAAAGCUAACUCGGGUCAAGNNCAUGGGAACAUGGCAAGCAUUGAUAGGCUCUGCAACCUUCAGCUUAAUCAACGGUGGACUCGCUGGUUCUAUCUGGUCCUAUAUCGCAACCUGGAUCUGUACCAUCUCUGUCACUUUGUCUCUUGCAGAGAUGGCUAGUAUGGCACCUACUUCAGGNGGUCAAUACCACUGUGAGGAAUCCUGCAAAAAUGCCUUCGAGGAUUAUGCUGACUCCGUGUGUGCUGCAGGGACUAGUGAGUUCGCUCCGGCAAACUGUCAGAAAGCUCUCAGCUAUUUUGUCGGAUGGCUUUCUGCACUGGGCUGGCAAACGUCGAUCGCGCUCACGUCUUUCGCUGCUGGUAACGUCAUACUCGAGCUCGCCUCUGCUAUGUACCCCACGUAUACACCGGCUCUCUGGCAUGGCACUCUCAUGACCAUCCUGAUGGCAAUAUUGGCGGUGAUGGUCAACACUCUGGGAGCAAAGCGGCUGCCGUUACUCGAAGCGGCCAUCCUGUUCCUGCACAUCUUUGGGUUCUUUGCUGUCCUGAUCCCACUCUGGGUUAUGGCUCCCAAGAUUUCGGCUAAAGAAGCGUUCACUUCAUUUUCCAACACUGGCGGCUGGAGCAGUAUCGGAGCCGCGGUCGUGAUAGGUCAGCUCACUGCUGUAGGGUCUCUUGGAGGUAGCUAUGGGUGCUCCCCGGAAGCUGUUCUUACUAAUGAAUCGAANGGAUCUGAUGCUCCAGCUCAUCUUGCUGAAGAAGUCGCUAACGCGAGUUAUGUGGUUCCUCGGGUCAUGGUUGCCACCGUCCUGUUGAACGGUGCACUGGGGCUAGUCUCGAUCAUUACCUUUGUCCUCUGCAUCACUGACUACGACACCAUGGUCGCAAAUAACAUGGCGGUGUAUCCGUACAUCUCAAUCUUUCAGCAAGCCGUUGGCUCUGAUGUCGGUGCCACGCUCAUGACAACACUNUUUGUGCUCCUCAAUUUCUUCGCGGCGUUGAGCGUUGUCGCUGCCGGAUCUCGUCAAAUAUUCUCGUUCGCUCGUGACAAGGGCAUGCCUUUCUCUGGAUGGUUCAGACAGGUGGGUGAUCCUUCUGAAACUCGAAACGAGGCGAACAUGCUGACUCCCGAANNGAUUGUGACCAUUGGCACGCCAAUCCCUCUCAAUGCCAUUCUCUUCUCGCUAUCAAUCACCGUCGUCCUCGCACUUAUCAAUCUUGGCUCAACCACAGCUUUCAAUUCGAUUGUGGGCUUACUUGCCGGCUCUGGAGGGUUCUCAUACUCCAUCAGUAUUGCAUGCGUGCUCUGGCGGAAGAUUUGCAANAAGCCCUUGCCACAAGGAAGGUUCUCUCUGGGCAAGAUGGGCAUCCCGAUCAAUGCCUUUGCUGUCUUGUACAUGAUACAGCAAGCCAUCAUCAGUUUCUUCCCGAUGUUCGCCAUCGUCACUGUCAAGACGAUGAAUUAUGGUUGCGUUAUGUUUGGUGGAGUGGCCAUCAUUUCGAUUGUGUACUACAUUGUCAAAGGGAGGCAUGUGUAUAAAGGUCCAGUCGUUGACGUUCGCCGUGGCUAG